UUCUCUUCUUGCUCCUCCACAAUCUGAGCCAGAUUCUGAGAAAUUCAUAUUAACCAAAUUAGCAUCCUGAGGGCAAAUCAAGGUCGAACAGAGAAAAGUUGGCGACUUUUUGGGUUAUCAUGUAUCAUCCGACGAGGGGCGGUGUCCGUGGUGGUCGAGAUCAAUUUAGUUGGGAUGAAGUGAAGGCUGAUAAAUAUAGGGAGAACUAUUUGGGUCACAGCAUCAAGGCGCCUGUUGGAAGAUGGCAAAAAGGUAAGGAUCUUCACUGGUAUGCUAGAGACAAAAAAGGAGGAGGUUCCAACACGGAUGCUAUGAGAGAGGAGAUUCAAAGAGUUAAGGAACAGGAGGAGCAAGCCAUGAGGGAGGCUCUGGGUUUGGCACCAAAGUCCUCUACAAGACCACAAGGCAAUCGCCUUGACAAGCAAGAGUUUACUGAACUUGUGAAGAGGGGUUCAACAGCAGAGGACUUGGGUGCCGGGAAUGCUGAUGCAGUGUGGGUUCACGGCCUUGGCUAUGCAAAGGCACCCCGACCUUGGGAAGAUCCCAGCACCCUUGGAUCCUCUCAGACAGAAGACGCAGGGCCAGCACGUCUGCCAGAAGACACAUCAGUGAUCAAAACUGUUGAAGAUGGACCGCAUGAUACUGAGAGGGACCAAAAGAAGGAUAGGCAUGAGGAAAGGAAACCUGCAAAGAGAGAGAAGGAAGAGAAACAUGAAAGGCGCGAAAAACGUGAGAGGCAGGAAAAGCGUCGCAGUCGUGAUACAGAUGAUAGAAAGAGACACAAGAAAGAGAAGAAGGAUAAGAAGAGGAGGCAUGACUCUGAUUCUGAUUGAAGUGAAUUGUACUAGGAUGGAUAUUUUGCAAGAGUUGAAUCUGUUGCUCAUUUCACUAUCAAAUCAUGUAGUUAAGAUGACUAUCAAUUUGUGAAGUGUUGUUGAAUAUCGAUGGGAAUCAUUCAGAGAACUUAACUAAGGUUUGUUAAACA